GCCCACGUGACGGGUGCCGCCAUGAGCCGGCCCGAGGGGACGCGCAGCGCCCGCCGCUCUCUGCAGGUGAAGUUCGUGCCCGACGAGGAUGUCCUCAGGCACAUCGCCGACGACGCAGGAACUAAAGUACGGAAGGACAAGGCUCAGCUGAGUGUCAGUGUGAAGAGAUUUGUGAAGAAGCUUGAGAAUAUUUCUGAUAAUGAAGCUCAGGAGAUCCUGGAAGAGAAGAACUAUGUUGCUGCUCUUGGAAUAUGUGCCCAAGAUUCAGUGGGAAAUGGCUCAAAUAUAAGUGGUGGUGAAGUUUACUCAUUCCAGACUCCCAAACGCUCCAAUAAAAUGGCAGAGCUGGCCUCUGAAUUAGCCCAGACACCAGAAAAGAAUGUGGCGCCUGAUCAUUCCAGGUGCCCUGAGAAGAUGGCCAAAACCCCUCAAAGCAAACGUUCAAGUUCAACCAAAGUGCAGCAGAGGAAUAAAAAGAAAGAAUUUGUGUCCACUACACCAUACAGACUCAGAAAGAGACUAACAGCUCCAGAUCCCUAUUUAGAAAGUGAGAGUGAAUAUUCUGCUUCCUGCUCGGAGGAGGAGGAUGAGGAAGAUAAGAAAGAAGUCAGCACUGUUUCAGAUCAAAAGACUCCGGCAAAAACUAAGGCUGCAUAUACACCUCCACCCAGAAACAGCCUAACCAAAAAAAUUAAGGAGCAAAAGAUGAGCAACCUGGUGGAGGAAUACUUUGAAGCUCACAGUAGUUCCAAAGUGCUCACUUCAGACCGAACGCUUCAGAAGUUGCGGAAAAGAAGAUUUAAUCAGCAAACACUGCAUGAUCUUUUGAAAAAUGCUCCCCUUGCCUAUGCUGCUGAAAUUAGAGACCUUAACCAGCAACAUGAAACCUUGUUUUCCAAGUGGAUGCUGCAGUUACACUUGGGUUUCAAUAUUGUGCUUUAUGGACUGGGCUCAAAGCGUGAUCUGUUGGAGAAGUUUCGUACGUCUCUGCUCCAGGAUUCUGUUCACCUGGUGGUUAAUGGAUACUUCCCCAGCAUCACUGUGAGAUCUAUUCUCAACUCCAUCACAGAGGAGGUUUUGGACCAUAUAGGGACCUUCCGCAGCCCCCUUGACCAACUUGAAUUCAUUAGCAAAAGGUUUAAAGAAGAUUCAUCUUUAGAGCUCUAUGUCCUCAUUCACAACCUGGACAGCCAGAUGUUGAGAGGAGAAAGAAGUCAGCAGAUCCUUGCACAGUUAUCCUCCCUGCCUAGCAUUUACCUCAUUGCCUCUAUUGAUCACAUCAAUGCUCCUCUCAUGUGGGAUCAGGCAAAGCUGAGUCUCUAUAACUGGCUUUGGUAUGAAACAACCACAUUUAAUCCUUAUGUGGAAGAAACAUCUUAUGAGAACUCGCUUUUAGUACAACAGUCUGGAUCUUUGGCUUUGAGCUCCCUAACGCAUGUCCUGCAUAGCCUCACUCUCAAUGCCAGGGGGAUAUUCAGACUGCUUGCUCAGCGCCAGCUGGAGAAAAAGGACAGCCCAUCUUAUCCAGGGCUGUCUUUCCAGGACUUUUACCAGCAGUGUCGGGAGGCUUUCCUUGUCAACAGUGACUUGACACUCAGGGCACAGCUGACAGAAUUCAGGGACCACAAGCUCAUCCGGACCAAGCGGGGAGCUGAUGGUGUGGAAUACUUACUAAUUCCUGUCGAUGACAGUACCUUGACUGACUUCUUAGAGAAAGAGGAUGAAGAUGUGUAAUGUCCUCAGUGUCUACAGCAAUUGCUCUCAAUGGCUGCUGGAGAGGGGCCUAUGCUCAGAUCUUUCUCCAGCCUCACAACUGCACUGAUAAGUAAUAAUUCUAAUCAAUCUUGCUCAUUGUUCAACUACCUCAGGUAGUUUGGAACGAUGACUUCUGUAAGCAAGGCCUCUCUUGUGCUCUAGUUGGAUUUGUCUGCUUUGUCUCUUAGCUCAGACAAUGCCUUCUUCCUCUCUGUGCAGCCAACCUCACAGCCAGAAAAACUGACUCGGUGGGAUUGUGCCUUCUGCUCUCUACCUCAGUAGACAUGAGAGUUUUAUUGGAACAAUUUACUUGGGAAGUGCAAAUCACAAGAUGGUUAAGAGCUUUAGUUUGUACUGUUGAUGCAGCUUCUCUCAACUGAGUGCUAUCUAGUAUUCCUCUACCAUUUAGACAAAACUAGCUUCCAGUGUAAGAAGACAAGAUUUAUAAUGCUACGAGACCUGCCUCAACUGCAUGAGGAAAGGAGAAUACUAGUGGGUUUGGGAUGCUGCAGGUAACUUAGUAAAUUCUGGCAAUAAAACUGAAGGACUUGUCCCAAACCCACUUCCUUUUAUAAGAUUUAGAUAAUUGAAAUUAUGGACUCAUGUCAUUGCCUGCAACUUUCCAAGGUGCAAUCCAGGAAUAUGAAGAGGCUAUGUAGCUUUUUUUGUUUAUUUUUUCAAAGCUUGAUUGUAUAUUUAUAUUUUUUACAUGAGGAGUGUCCACUGAUUCUGGAGGAGGCCUUAAAUGCCACUUAGAAACUCUCCCUGUAUAAAAGUUCUUAGAGGUUGGGAGAUUGCUGAAGUUUGACAUCUUUUCUUCAAUUAUUUUUUUCUCAGUUAUGUGGGAGGAAGUUCUAUAGUUCCAUCAUCUAUAGUCUGCCAGCCAGACUUCAGGGACUCUGUAUGCCUAAUAUUUGGUAGCUGUGUUACAGCUCAGUGUUGUAAUAGUUCAAAUCAAUCAAAUAAAGUACUUUAUUAAUUUUCA